AUGAGUAAUCAACACCAUCCACCAAACAAUCAUCAUCCACAACCACAACAGCAACAACUACCUCCACGUCGAAAUACUAAACCACCAUUACAACAUGUAAAACCAAAUCAUCAAAAAUCAAAACAACAUGAAUCUUACAGUUAUUCAGAAGAAGAGAAAACAGAAAUACAAUCAAAAUUAAGUAAAGUUUUAGGACCAGAAUAUAUUGCAUUUAGACCUGGAGGAGGUGGUACACAAGUUCAAUAUAUUGAAGGUUGGAAAGCAUUAAAUUUAGCAAAUGAAAUAUUUGGAUUUAAUGGUUGGAAUUCAGAAUUAAUUUCUUGUGAAAUUGAUUUUUUUGAUACUCAUGGUAAUUCUGGAAAAUAUUCUUUAGGAUUAUCUGUAGUUGUUAGAGUUACAAUAAAAGAUGGUACAUAUCAUGAAGAUAUAGGAUAUGGAUAUAUUGAAAAUGCAAAAAGUAAAGCAGCAGCAUUUGAAAAAUGUAAAAAAGAAGCAUUUACAGAUGGUAUAAAAAGAUGUUUGAGAUGUUUUGGAAAUGUUUUGGGGAAUUGUUUAUAUGAAAAAACUAUAAUGAAACAAAUUAAAGAUAUUGAAAAAAAAAAAAUUGAAUAUCAACCAGAAGAUUUUUAUAGAGAUCCUAUAUUUGCAGAAAGGGAACGUAAAAAGGAAAUUCAAGAAAGAAGAAUGGAACAGGAAAAAUUAGAAGAAGAAGCAAGAAUUAAAGAAGAAGAAGAAAGGUUAAAAAGAAUUGAAGAAGAAAAGAUAAAGCUUUUACAACAACAACAACAACAACAACAGCAGCAACAACGAUAUCAAAAUAAUUUACCACCAUCAUCGAACGCAUUUGUCACACCAAUUCUGCCUUCAAAAAUAAUAAAAAAUGUUAAUACAAACAAAAAGGAAGUUGAUGAUAUGGAUGAAUCGUUUCUAUUCAGUGAUGACGUAGCAGAUGAACAAGAAGAAUUAGAACAAGUACGGAACAAUAGUGACAAACAAGAACAAAAUAAUAGUGAUAAGCAAGAACCACCAAACCAAUCUGAAACAUCAUCAAAUAAUAAUUUACCACCAGUAACAUCAUUUGUUUCAGCAAGAUCAGCAGCAUUAAAUGCGUUAGUUAAAGAUAAAGAUGCAGAAUUUGAAAAAUUUGAUAAUUCAUUUGUUUCUCCAAAUAUAAGAAGAACAGUUGAUCCAAAAAGAUCAAUGCCAAUAAAAAGAUCAAGUUUAAAAUCACCUUCACCAUCAAUUAACAACAAUAAUAAUAACAUGAAUAAUAAUAAUAAUAAUCAUUUAAUAAAUACUACCAAUAAAUUAAAUAUAACUGCUCCAAAUAUUUUAAAUACUAAUAAUUUAAAUAAUCCUCAUAAAAGAUAUGGAGUUCCACCAUCAAUAAAACCAAAUAAAAAAAAACAAGUAGAUUCAGUGGUUGAUAAUUGA